AUGGACAAAUCGGAAAUCCUCGUCCACAUCUCCGCGCCCAGUGGCGUCGUCGACGAUGCCCGCUACCGCGCCCAGGUCGAGGCCAUUUUGAACUUCCAAAGCUACUCACGUGAGACCAUCACCAUCAGCACAGCACAGCAUGCAGAAGCAGUAGAAACAGACUCAAAGAACACCGAGCUUGGUGACGCGACGUCCCGCAACUCAUCGCCAGUGCCACUGCACCCGGUCGCUACACGCGAUGGCUCCCAGAAGGACAGGGAUUCGCUCGAAACGCCCGUUAGCGUCAUCCCAGAUUCCCAGCCAGAUCUGGAACAGCCGGGGUUGAGUGCUGACAGUGCGAGUCUGAGUCUGCUUCCACUCCCAGUCCCAGAGACUCCAUAUGCUUCUGCUUACAUACCGGCGAAACGACCCAGGCUGGACUCGCCGCCACCCGUUACACAUUACGGGCAGGAAGAUGGUCAAGUGCAAUGCGAUAAUACGCCCAUUGCAGGGAGCCGUCAGGUCAUAUCGACACACAUGAGCCCUACAAAGAGCACCAACCCCGCUGUCAUCGCAGAAAAAGAGAAAGUAGCCGGGGGACAGCUAGGCCCAACGAAGCCACCGGUUGAACAUGCCCAGCAUGAUGACCAUGGUGCGCAAAGCGAUAAUACUCCCAUUCCUACUACAGGUGAUUGCGAAGUCAUUCCAACGCAGGCCAGCCCUACCACCAUCAUCGACACUCCAGUUGUCCCUGAAGGGCAAAGAAAGAAAGAAAACAGUGGCAAACAACGCCCAGAGUCAGAGCCAGUAGCAGAACCAGAAGCACGACCAAAUGACUCCGAAUCUCCUACUGCCUUCCUCUCCCUCCCCUUAGAGAUCAAACCACCUCCUCCCCCAAUUUCACAAUCCCCCUUCACAACCCACAUCACCCCGACCCUGGAGAUGUUAACAGACCGCCUCAAAUCCCCGCGGACAUACAACCCCAAAGUUCAGACAAGGGAUCUCGACGUACUCGAGCGAGGAUACUGGUACCUCGACAUCAACCUCGUUCCAGAAACCUCGGCAACCGUCCCAGACUCCCAUCCCAGCCGCACAUACUGGGACAAACCCCUCUUCACUAGAUUCUGGACCUUCCUAUCCGAUUUCAUCGCGAAAGAGGGCCGGGCGGGAUGGGGUGUCUGGUGUAUCCUCGAAGAUCGAAAUCACAAUGCCGUGAAGACCGGGACAUCCACCUCUACCGAAAAUGCCCAGUUCGGCGCCCAAGCACUCUCUCUUAAAGUCUACGCCUGGGGCGAGAUCGCCUGCCAGAUAUACCUCCUCCUCUUCCUCGCCAGCGAGCGCCGGAUCCGCAAGAUGGGUGCGCAGUGGCGCGAUGGGAGCGAUGAGGUUGUUAUCCAAAUGCCCGGAGCAAGCAUAUGA